GCCUGUGAUUUUCAACUUAAUUGUUGACUAUAUCAGCACAUCUACCCAUGACAAUUCCUUUGAUUCUCUCUUCCCUAUCCUUUAGUAGUGUGUGCUAUAUUAUCGUAAUUCUUUCACAGCAAAUAGACGACAAUAUUUAAUAUUAUUCUUUUGUUUGUUGUCUUUUCAAGAAAAGUUUCCCAAGCUAUUCAAUUAAUACGAUUUGGUACAGCUACUUCAAAGAUUUGGAUCAAUACCAAAUAAAUAAUCCAAUUUUAAAAAAGGCUUAAUCCUUUCAUGUUUCAGAGGAUCUUUUAUAAUGGCAGAGAUAACAUGAUUGAAAUCAAUGAGUUGAUUGAGGCAAAUUUAGUGAGAUUUUAUUUCUUUCUUUAUUUAGGAUGAAGUCAAUCCUUGAUUAAAUAGAUUCUUCAACUCUUUCCUUGUAAAGCUUAAUGUUGUAGAUUAUAUAUUUUACACUCAUAGACUAUGAAACGGUAUGUUAAAAGAUCUUUCUGCCACUAUUCUCAGUCAUACAACAAUGAAAUCGACUAAACAUAUAUUCUGAACACUGUGCUGUUUUUCUCUGACAGAUAUCAUUUCUCAUUUCUCAAAGCAAAAAAAAAAGAAAAAAAAAAGAGAAACCCUUUUUCAAUGGUGGGAAAGUUGGUUUUUUAAGUGUGAAAAAGAGAUUAUAUUUGAUACUGCAGCUUUAAAGUUCAAUCCUUUGAGGUUAGAAAGAAAGAGUCCUUUUUUGUGAAUUACAAGUUUCUUAACUUAUAUACUUGUAAAACCCUCCUUUAAAACAAAAGGGAAGAUUUUUUUUUAUCUUUAGAGAAAAAUGUCUGAAGAGAAAGAGGUAGAGGAAGCCAUUGUUGGGAGCUUCAAUGAACCAACUGAUCAACAUGAGGAGAAAGAUGCAAGCCGUUCCGUUUUCAGUGUUAAGAACCUCCUUUGGCAUGGUGGUUCAGUUUAUGAUGCUUGGUUUAGUUGUGCUUCAAAUCAGGUGGCUCAAGUUCUACUAACACUACCGUAUUCAUUCUCUCAAAUGGGAAUGCUUUCAGGGAUUAUUCUGCAAAUUUUUUAUGGUGUUCUUGGAAGUUGGACUGCUUACCUCGUUAGUGUUCUUUAUAUUGAAUACAGAAGCAGAAAAGAGAAAGAGAAUGUCAGCUUCAAGAACCAUGUCAUACAGUGGUUUGAAGUGUUGGAUGGUCUAUUAGGACCUUAUUGGAAAGCUGUAGGAUUAGCUUUUAACUGCACUUUUCUUCUCUUUGGAACUGUCAUUCAACUUAUAGCCUGUGCCAGUAACAUAUAUUACAUAAAUGACAAAUUAGACAAGAGGACAUGGACAUAUAUCUUUGGAGCUUGUUGUGCCACUACAGUGUUCAUCCCUUCAUUUCAUAACUAUAGAAUCUGGUCUUUUCUUGGUCUUGGAAUGACCACUUACACUGCUUGGUAUUUAACCAUUGCAUCAUUUAUCCAUGGCCAGGUAGAAGGUGUAACUCACCAAGGACCAACAAAAUUGGUAUUGUAUUUCACUGGUGCCACCAAUAUUCUUUAUACUUUCGGUGGACAUGCUGUCACUGUGGAAAUUAUGCAUGCCAUGUGGAAGCCUCAAAAAUUCAAGUACAUAUAUCUAUUGGCAACCCUAUAUGUGUUUACCUUAACGAUCCCAUCUGCUACUGUUGUCUAUUGGGCUUUCGGUGAUCAACUUCUUGAUCAUUCCAAUGCCUUCUCGCUCCUUCCACGCUCUAUGUGGCGUGAUGCUGCGGUUGUCUUAAUGUUAAUUCACCAGUUUAUUACAUUCGGGUUUGCAUGUACGCCAUUGUACUUUGUGUGGGAGAAAGUGGUGGGGAUUCAUGACACGAAGAGCAUAUGUUUGAGGGCGGCAUGCCGGUUACCUGUGGUGAUACCAAUAUGGUUCUUGGCUAUCAUAUUUCCUUUCUUCGGUCCCAUCAACUCGGCUGUAGGAUCUCUUUUGGUUAGCUUCACUGUCUACAUCAUCCCUGCUUUGGCUCAUAUGCUCACUUAUAAAUCGGCCUCCGCUCGACGGAAUGCAGCAGAGAAGCCUCCUUUCUUCCUCCCAAGCUGGACAGCGGUUUAUGCGGUGAACGCUUUUAUUGUGAUUUGGGUUUUCAUAGUUGGCUUCGGAUUAGGAGGUUGGGCCAGCAUGACAAAUUUCAUCAGGCAAGUCGAUACAUUCGGACUCUUCGCCAAGUGCUACCAGUGCCCACCUACACCCUCCUCGAAACAUCACUGAAAUAAAACUCGGAUUCAGACCUAUAACAUCUUCCUUUUUCAUUUUAAUUCCAACCAUAGAUCGUUAUAACAUCGUCGGGUUUGCUCUACUUUCUGCUCUCUUGUUCUGCCUGUCAUUGCAAAUAAUUAGUGAUUAUGAAUGGUUGUACUUACAAGUAAGAUUUUCUAGGCUGAUAUUUGUUCAAACAUUGGCUUAGCUUUUUUUUCACUCUUGAAACCCAAUUUGCAUGUGAGUUCAAAUCAAUCCAAAUCAUAUAAUUACAAUUUAUAA